AUGCACGCAUCCAACGUGGCCGUACGGGCCAUGGCCAAGGCCACUGCCGGCGCGCUGCCCUCAUCAUCCCGCGCUGCUGUCGCAUCCUCAACCAGGGCCAUGUCCACCGCCGUAAAGGCUGCUCAGGGCGCCAGGACCCUCCGUGCGGCGAAGCCUUGCAUCACGUCGAUCCCCUCUCGCCUACUGCACUCGUCGGCCCCUGCUCGUGCCGACACAAAGGGCGAGGACAUGGGCCUCCCCCAGGCACCCCUCACCCCGGAGCUCUCCAAGACGGGCCUCUACGACUUCCACAUCAAGCACGGCGGCAAGAUGGUCCCCUUUGGCGGCUACCUGAUGCCCCUCACCUACGGCGACGUCGGCCAGGUCGCGUCUCACCACCAUGUCCGCACCCAUGCCGGUCUCUUUGAUGUCAGCCACAUGGUCCAGCACCGCUUCACCGGACCCGGCGCGCUCGACUUCCUCCAGUACCUUGCACCUGCCUCGCUCAAGUCCAUGGCACCCUUCAACUCGACCCUCUCGGUCUUGCUCUCGGAGCAGGGCGGCAUCCUCGACGACCUGAUCAUCACGAAGCACGCCGAUGACCGCUUCUACGUCGUCACAAACGCCGGCAGGCGCAGCGAGGACCUCGCGUGGAUCGGCGGCAAGAUGAAGGAGUGGAACGCCUCAAAGCCCAAGGUCGAGCACGAGGUCCUCGAGGGCUGGGGUCUCGUGGCGCUCCAGGGCCCCACGGCGGCCCAGGUCCUCAAGAAGCUGGUCCCGCAGUCGUUUGACCUCAACGCCCUCACCUUUGGCAAGUCCGCAUUCGUCAAGCUCAGCGUCGGCGGCAAGGAGGUCGAGUGCCACGUGGCGCGCGCCGGGUACACGGGCGAGGACGGCUUCGAGAUCUCGAUCCCGCCUGAGUCGACCGAGGCCGUUGCAGAGGCGUUUGUGUCAGACCCGGAAGUGCAGCUGGCUGGCCUUGCUGCGCGAGACAGCCUGAGGCUCGAGGCAGGCAUGUGCCUGUACGGCCACGACCUCGACGAGUCGGUCAGCCCUAUUGAGGCGGCGCUGGCGUGGUGCGUGGGCAAGGACCGACGCGCCUCGGCCGACUUCCUGGGCGCCGAGCGGGUGCUGCGGGAGCUCAAGGAGGGGCCGCCGCGUCGCAGGGUGGGCCUGGUGGUCGACGGCGGCAUCGCGCGCGAGAAUGCGCGCAUCCUCUCCGAGGACGGCACCAAGGUCGUGGGGCGCGUCACGUCUGGCAUCCCUUCGCCGACGACGGGCAAGAACAUCGCCAUGGCGCUCGUCGAGAACGGGCAGCACAAGAAGGGCACCAAGCUGCUGGUCGAGAUCCGCAAGAAGCUCAGGCCCGCCGAGGUGGCCAAGCUGCCCUUUGUCGAGAACAACUUCUUCCGCGGCUAG